AGAAGAAAACACUAAUGUGUAAAGAACUGAGAAGCCUUGCUUUCAAAGUAAAAUGUAUGCAGUUUUUUUCUUAUUUUAUACUGUAUCCAGUGGUGGAAAAACUAUUCAGAUCCCUUACAAGUAAAGGAAAGAUAACUUUAAUUUCUGAAGAUGUGGAAAGUCUUUAUGAUCGUCUGCGUUGCACUGGUGUCGGCCUCGUGUCCGGAGGAUUGUCGGUGUCCCCCCGACACCCCCAGAUGUGCAGCAGGAGUCAGUCUCAUACUGGACGGCUGUGGAUGCUGUAAAGUUUGUGCACAGCAGCUGUUUGAAGACUGCAGCGAGACUCAGCCGUGUGACCACACAAAGGGACUGGAGUGCAACCUCGGAGGGGGAUACGGCUCCGCUAGGGGCAUCUGUCGAGCCAAAUCAGAUGGAAGAACAUGUGAGUACAACACCAAGAUUUUCCAGAACGGGGAAAUCUUCCGUCCGAACUGCAAACACCAGUGCACUUGCAUGGACGGCGCUGUUGGAUGUGUCUCCCUCUGCCCACAUCAGCUCAUGCUGCCUUCACUGGGCUGUGCAAAGCCAAAGCGUGUGAAGGUUCAGGGACGCUGCUGUGAGCAGCUCGUCUGCCCCGAGGAGACGAAUACAAAGAGCUCUGUGGCACAGAAACACAGAAAAAAACCUGGCAAAGACAAACCGUCUGAAGACGAGCUUACCAACAAGAAUGAGCUGGCUCCGGUGUGGAGAGGAGAAUCAAACUCUUUACCUGCUUUCAGGAGUCAGCCAAUGGGCCACAUGUUGGUCAGAGGAGUCAAAUGUGUGUCUCAAACCACAGCUUGGUCCCCCUGCUCCAAAUCCUGCAGCCCUGGAGUGUCCACCAGGCUCACCAACAGCAACGCCCAGUGCAAACUGGUGAAAGAGACUCGGAUUUGCGAAGUCCGUCCAUGCAAACAUGCAACCGUAACCAGAUUGAAGAAAGGUCAGAAAUGUAACCACAUAGAAAAGGCCAGCCGUCCGGUGAAAAUGUCCCAUGCAGGCUGCCGUAGCCUGAAAAAAUUCCAGCUGAAGUACUGCGGGUCGUGCUCAGACGGUCGAAGCUGCAGGCCGAACCGGACCCAGACGGUUCCUGUCGACUUCAGAUGCAAAAACGGAGAAAUGAUCAGCAGGAUGGUGAUGAUGAUCGAGUCCUGCAGGUGUCACCUGAACAACAAAAAGACACCGCUUCACAAUGACAUCCACAAACUGAACAUUUAAAGUUGUGAAAGAUAAUCUCUUAUUGAAAAAAUUGCACUUUGUGGUUGCAGACAUCUGCCAACCUGGUCUCACAGGAAUC